CAGGUUGGAGAGGGUGGGGGUGGAGCAGCAGGACGGGUUACACUGGCCUCUCGUCCCUCCCUGGAUUUACUGGCCUCCACCUGUCGCAGUGUUUGUGUGUCAGUGUUGCAAAGCGGAUGACAUAAGGACGGCGCGAGCGCAGCACUGCCCGUACACCGAGUGGCCACCGACAGGUGAAACGACGAACUCCCUCCCGCAGCUGCUCCCGGUGCUGAACUGUUAUUUGUUCCUCUACGUGACGGCGGAGACGGACUCUGGACCAGAACAGCGGCGGAUGGUUUCAUCCGCAGCGCCUCCGACUGAGCGAGCGAGCGAGCGAGCGCGAGCGCGGAGCAGGAUGUCCAGGCAGCAGCAGCAGCAGCAGCGGACGCCGCUGAAAGUCACCGACGCCGUGGUGGAGAUCAAGAGCAAAUUCGAAGCUGAAUAUCGACGCUUCGCUCUAAAGAGAAACGGCCCCGGUGGCUUUCAAGAGUUCUAUCGCCUCAUCCAGACUGUCCAUUGCAUCCCUGGUAUCGAUGUCAUCCUGGGCUACGCAGACGUCCAUGGAGACCUCCUUCCGAUCAACAAUGACGACAACUUCCACAAAGCCAUCUCUUCAGCAAACCCCCUGCUCCGCAUCAUCAUAACCAAGAAAGAGGGUGAACCUUUAGUUUUUGGCACAAACUCCCUGCAGAGGCGUAAGAAAGGCCUGGGCUUGACAGGACUGCGCCCCCCUGGCUCCGGCGCUACUCACUCCAAGAACAAACAGAGCCUCAUGAUCGGUCUGCCCCAGGACUUCCGACAGAUCUCCUCUAUCAUUGAUGUUGACAUCCUGCCUGAGACGCAUCGGCGUGUGCGACUCCACAAGCAUGGCAUUCACAAACCGCUGGGCUUUUACAUCCGCGAUGGAGUGAGCAUGCGGGUGAUGCCACAGGGUGUAGAAAAGGUUCCAGGGGUUUUCAUAUCUCGCCUGGUGCGUGGAGGGCUGGCAGAGUGUACUGGACUGCUGGGAGUAAAUGAUGAAAUCCUUGAGGUCAACGGCAUCGAUGUAGCAGGAAAAUCUUUGGAUCAGGUCACAGACAUGAUGGUGGCCAACAGUCACAACCUCAUAGUGACAGUUAAACCCGCUAACCAAAGGAACAACGUGAUGCCUCGUGGAGGAAAAGCCACAAUAGGCAACUCUGGUUCUGUAGGCUCAGCUGGCUCAACAAGCUCUGCUGUGUCGCAUGACUCGCCUAGCCCCGCCUCCCAGAGCAACCCCAUUACUGCGAGCAACAGCAUUGCAGAGGGAGACAGCGAUGAUGAAGACGACGACGAUGUUGACCUGAUUCUGGAGAACGACUGUCUGGCGCCCUACGACUCCCACCCAGUAACGAACAGCAACAAUGCUAACCUGAACAGAGACUCACCUGGCUCCAUGGUGGCCAGACCACUCCCACAGAGCAUCUCGUUGCCAAACAGCAUAGGAGCCUCAGUGAUGAUGUUAAAUCACAACGGAAACCCUACCCAUGCAGCCAGCAGCAGCCAGGAGAGCAUGAGGGAGGAUGGAAACAUUAUAACACUGUAGCCACCACUGAGAACACUGAUGUUCUUGUAACCACAAAGUGCAACAGCAGAACAUCUUUACAUGUCUGAGGUAAUGUCCAGAUCUGGAUCCACUGUUUCUGUGAGCAAACACAUGCAGGAAUGGUUUUAGCUUGUAAUUAUUUUCUCAUUGAGGAUGGAGCAGGAUUGACUCCCCAAUAAAAGCCAUAUAUCAGU